AUGAAGGCCAGGUCCAGCGAGCGCAUUGCUCGGAUCAACGAGCUUGAACUAAAGCAUCAGGGCAAGAGUCACCAGAUGGACUUGACCAACCGCGACGAGCAGGCUCGCCUUCUGAAGCUUCGCCUGUUGACCUUGCGUGACGAGAAUGCAUUGCUCAAGGAUCGACUGGUUCAGCGAGAUGCUAUGGUCAAGCAGCUCAGCAAGCAAAAGGAAGACUCACAUGCCGAGCGAUGUGAGAACAAGAAGAAGAUCGAGGACCGGGAUGUACGACUGAUGAAGCAGGAUAAGGAGCUGGCAGCUCUCCAGAUGGAGAUCGCUUCGCUUAACGACUUCAGGCAAGAAUCAAACAAGAUUUUGCAAGAGAAAUUCGCCCUCAGCCACAAGUUGGAUCAACUUCAACCCGAACUCAACCACCUCAAGCAACAGCUCGAAACCCAUCGCGCCGUUAUCGCCCAGAAGCAGGACCUUGAGCGCCAGGUUAGCUCGCUGGAGGUCGAACUGGAAAACGAGAAGCGAUCGAAGAACCGCCUGCAGUCGAAGAGCCGCGAUGAUGAUCAAUGGAAGGACCAAUUGGAAGAAGCCAAGAGAGAGCUGGAGAAGACCAAGAAGGAACACAGCCGGGAAUUGAGGGAGGUCCGAGGUGAAGUUGAAAGACUCGAGGGCCUCCUUGAGGAGACACGAAGCAAGCGAAAGCAUGCUCAAACAGACCUCAAGAAUACACGAGCCGAACUCGAGGUCUGUCGCGCUGAGCUGGAGGCUGCUCGCAAGGCUGCGCAGAGCAACAAGCCAGCCAAGAAGACGGUUACCAUGAAGGAACCAGGCCGUAAGCGACGUGCCCAAGAUAUGAGUCUCGAGGAUAUCAGCAUCGGAACGCCUGGUCCGGACGAAGCAACGCUCAAGCGACCGUUUAACAAGCGCGGAGCUGAGCACGCCCUGGUUGGAGAAAAGUCGACAUUCUCUAUCACACCAUUUUUGAACCGUACCAAGAACUUUUCAGAUGAGCUCAGCGAGAUCCAAUCACCCACGGGCAAUGCUCCUCUGGCUUCCGAGCCCAUCGUUGACCCUGAGGAGGAUGUCGACGAGGCUGUUGAGCCUGCUCAGGUAGAGCCUGCCGAAGAUGUGAUGGACCUGGGAGGCCAUGCUGGUGUUGCUAGUGAUGCGGAGGACGCCUCGGCCGCCAAGGGACGAAAGCCCAGGGGCAGGCCAAGGAAGGCUCUGGACGACGCACCCACGACCAAGAAGAACAUGCCGGUCACAGCAAGAAAGAACAAGGCAGCGAAGCCUGCCAGCAAGCUAGAGAUGGUAAUGGAGGAGGCGGAGGCUGGAGAACAGGAGAACAAGAUUGUACAGGUGCCGAAGAAGGUGCCGGAGCUGAAGUCGAAGGUGGCUGAGAGCCUCUUCAAGCCAAGUAACGCGGCUGGCCUUGAUGCCGAUGGGCGGAAGAAGAAGCGCAAGAUCCUUGGUGGCUCCAACAAGACGCUCUUUGAUGAGGAGGAUGGGGAGACGACGGUGCCACGACCUGCAAAGAUUCAGCUGGCACCUGGCCGUAGACUCAAGGCGCCGUUGGGGGGUGCGUCAAGCGCAUUUGGUGGUGCGACAUUCUCGCCGUUGAAGCGGGAUAGGCGUGGAGUGGGUGCGAGCUUCUUGCAGUAG